GGGGAAGAAUGUUUUUGUUUUUUUCUUUUUUGUGUCAGUUUGUUUUUUUAACUCCCCCCGGCCAUAAUGUAGAACGCGGACUUUGUUGUAAUGAAUAAGAAGAUUUGUGUGAUUACGGUGUUUAUGCAUCUUGUUGAUUGCGGAGUAACUGGAGGCAGACAUCUGGUAGCCUGACCGAAAAAUCAGUAGCCAAAAAACUCUGGGCUACUGCUGAUGUCGAGCCCUGAUACCCGCGAUCUACUCUAUUCAAGAAAAUCGCUCCCCUGAAACAAUGCUAGGAAAAGCAGCCAGCAAUGACAGAAUAUGUUCAAUAAGUUUUGUCAUUAAAACCGCUGACAAGCAUGUGGGCAGAUAAGUUUGCGGCAGUUACCUGUAUACUGCUGGUAUCACAUUUAGUGGCAUCUCAUGCCAGACUUGCCACACCUGUGAAAGAACCGAAUCGGGCUCCGUGUCCACAGUCCUGUACCUGUCAGUUCACUCACAAGAUCUCGUGCCGGUGGCAGCCACAGUGGAGCAAUAUAUGGCUGAAUGUGUCUGGAUUCCUGGUGAAACAUCCCCACGUGGGUGAGCUUUCAAUUCACGGCGGACUCCUGGAUGUUCCCUACCUUGAGAAAAACGUCAGUGCCAUUCAUUUGCUCAAUUUAGUCAACAAUAACCUGACUGGUCUGCUCUCGCAGGCUUUCCGUGGCUUGGAUCAUCUGGUGACUCUCGAUGUAAGCUACAACGAUGUUAGUCGAGUGGAGGCAGGAGUCUUCAGUGGACUCCAUCGGCUACAGUAUUUGAACCUGAGUCACAACAACAUACAGACACUACCGAGAAGAGUCUUUCAUGAUGUGUCACUGCUGAAGGUUGUGAACCUCGGGAGCAAUCAGCUAGAAACCAUUCCUCAGGAUGUGUUUCACGUGUUACGCAAGGUGGAGGUCAUAGACCUCGCGUCUAACCGUCUUUCAUAUCUGACCUCUGUCCAUUUCCAGGACCUGGAGCGUCUCAAGGAGCUGAACCUUGCGGGAAACUGGUUCAGGAUCUUUCACUAUGACUUGAUGCCCGUCUUCCAUAGCAUUCCACGUAUCAAUUUGUCGGAGAAUCCUUUCGAUUGUUCGUGUGCCGUUAUGGCACUGAGAAACACCAUCGAUGAGCUGGCCAUCACCUCGAAUCAUUCCGUGGUAUUCAAUAUGACACGCAAGCUCAAAUAUGGAUACUCGUCCGAUCACUUCGCAGACCUGGAUAAAUACCGGUGUAGCACCCCUCAGUCCAUAUCUGGCGUGCCCCUCACAGCUCUGGAUACCACGAGACUGAGCUGUGCCGCGCCCACCAUAACAACGGUAUCUGAAGAGCAGGAAAUCCGAGUCCAAGGUGACGUGUUUUUGAAUUGUGAAGCCUUUGGCUACCCCAGCCCUGCCAUCGUGUGGUACACCCCAUGGGGAGAGAUCUAUACACACCACAAGUACCACCCUCUGUUGGGAGAUGUAGGCGCCAAGAUGCACACUAGUCGGUCGUUCAAGACUUUCAACAUUGGCAGGACGACGAUAACCGCUCUGGAGAACGGAUCGCUUCACAUAACACGAUUCCGGGGUUAUUUUGCGGGCAAUUUUUCGUGUUUCGUGAUUGGGCCGUCAGGAAACGCCAGCUUAAGUGCCUACGUCGGCAUCACGUCGUUAUUCAAAUCGGUCUACUACGAGAGUCUUUUGAUAGCAGUGCACUGUGUUGGCUCCAUGUUGGCUGUCGGCUUCAUUGUCGGAGGCCUGCGCAUUCUCGUGACUGUGAUCAAACGCAAGAUGAAGAAGGAGAAGGAACUCGUGGCUGACUUCGAGGAGACCAAAUCGAUGGCGAAGCACGUCGAAUCGACCAGCUGCAGCAACGACGACGACGACGACAAUGACUACCAUGAUGAAUACGGUUCAGAACAGUCGCUCGCUUCUCCCAUCUCUCUGACUCCCGAGCUAACAAGGAAAUUCCCCACUCCGGAAGACAUCAGCCCCUCGGGGUGGACCACGGGGAACAUCUUGGAGACCUUGGACGAGGCUCGGGGGCGUCUCUCCGUGGGGGUGGGCCGGAAGAUGGAGAAGAUGAGGUGUCAGGUCCAGUCAUUCAGGGAGAGCGGGACGGUAUACGUGCAGAACAUCCGGUCGUCCAGCAGCCUGGCCGCCAACAGGGUGAGGGCCGGGGUGGUGCUGGGCGUGGAGACCAUCAAAUACAGCGCCCAGUCCAUCAGGGAGUUCUGCUGGAACGGGGACAUGAGUGGACAGACCAUCUCCAUGGUGUCCAUGUCCACAGACGUCGACACAGAGAAGCGGACGGAGGUUAUCCAGACAGUCACCUUCGUCUAGACGGGUCACGGUGUGAUGAUCACCUAUGUGUAGACUCGUCACAGGCAGGCAGACAGAAAUGGUUGUAUCUAUGCUCUUUUUUCCUUCUUUUUUUUCUCUUUUUUUUUUCUUUUUAAAUCCAACCCAUUGUUCCCUUUUCUUUCUCUCCUUUGUGAAUUCUCAGGGUUCACACUGGGAAAAAAUUUGGUUAAGCCAGUUUUCAGAAAUGCACAGUAUUUCCUUGAAGUUGACUAAAAUGUGGUUAUGUUGAGGAAUAUUUUUACUAACCAAAAACUAAAUUUUGUAGCCAUUUUGUAUGAACGAAAAUGAGCACUUGGCUAUUUUGGCAAUGUACUUGGUGAGCCGUGAUUCUAGAGCUUAAUUAUUCCCUUCCCACUUCUUGUCCUAUGGCCAUCUGGACCACAUUCCUGUUUUUUCCAGUCAGCUUGGGCUGUGGGUUUAGAGUGGGAGUCAUGCAAAGCAAUAUAAAUCAACAAAAUUGCUUUCUUGUCAAAAGUUGGACAGAAUUCUGAAUUUUCUUUUUCAGAGUUAAAUGCCAAUUUAUCCAGAAUUUAGGAUUUUAAACCAUUUGUAUAGUGUUGCUGUGUUUUUUACUGUUCAAAAUGUUUAAUCCCGGUAAUCUCCACCCGUAACAUAUAUUAUAGUUUGAGCUGAUGAUUUGCAUACAUUCAGAUUGAGAUCCACAGUUUUAGACCAUUGUCCAACCCUAACCCUGGGGCAAACCUCAAUACCCGACUAACAAUAUUAAAAUUUUGAGAUUUGGUUUUUGUGUGUGACCCACUUCCAUCUCUGCUUUUUAAAUGUUAGAAUUUUGUUUUUCUUCUGAAAACCAUAACUUUGUGAACGUGGCCAGUUUUGUCUGUUGGCUUUUCGAUGUGUUAUGUUACAUGUAGAAAUUGUCAAAUCUUUGUUACGCUGCUGCUCAAAACUCGGUGGAGAUGAGACCGACUACUACUCAAUGGUCAGUCUACGUCACAGGUCCAUCGCAUCUAUGACACACAAUGGUGUCCAGUUUUGCAAUUAUUUCAUUUAUUUGUGAUAUUGAUAAAUAUUUCCUCCAAUGUAACUUCCUAUCAAUUCCACACACAAUAGUUGUAAUUGUGAUUCACUCAAGGACAUGUUAUUUGGAAAUUAAUAUGUUGCCACUGGUGAUACUAUAAACAGUGGUUUCACAGAGAAUCCCCUUCCAAUCAUAGAAGGUGUAUGUUUUGUAGCUGUAUCCAUAAUGGUUUUGGCCUCCAGUUGCUCUAUUUUGAAUUGACCACAAAGAAUUAUGGAUAAAUUGUGUGUGAGAAACAUGUAGACAUAAUAUAUAUAUUUAUAUAACAUCAUGCGUUUAACCUGGUCCUGUGUUUUUAAAACUUUAUCGAGUCUAGACUCGAAUCAUAAAUGAUGUCCCAUUGGGCUAUUUCUCGCUUCAGCCAGUUCACCACGACUGGUACAUCAAAGGCUGUGGUAUGUGCUAGCCUGU